AUGUUUAAGUUGGUGGUGAUAUUGGCGAUAAUUGCUGUUUGUUCAGCACAACCUACCACCAGAAUUGUCAAUGGAACAGCAGUUUAUGAUGGAGAAUUUCCAUUUAUGGUAUCUCUGAGGGAUAAAACUGGAGUCCACAUGUGUGGAGCAUCAGUAAUAGAUUUUCAUUGGAUUUUGACUGCAGCACAUUGUCUAAAUGGAAUGAAAGCCCAAGACAUGUCAAUACAAUAUGGUGUUACCCAUGUUUCUAAAGAUGGACCAAAUGUUGCAAGAAUUAGUGAAAUGUUCAUUCAUCCAAAAUUUGACGAAGAAAACACAUAUUUUGCUGAUAUUGCUUUAUUGAAGUUGGAAAUUCCAUUACCAUUCAGCAGAAUGGUAAGACCUGUUCCUUUGCCUUCGACAAGAGAACUAACUGCAGGAGGUGCACCUGCAACUGUUCUUGGUUGGGGUUUUAAUGCAGCACCACUGCCUAACUGA